ACAACAUACGCUGACAUGCUGCAGAUUUCAGGGUUAAUUUCCGUGCUGUUUUUUUCCACAGCAUAUGGAUAAGAUUUCUUAAAAUACAUUGCUGCUUAUACACCUCAGUGACUGCGGAAAAUGUCUGAAGAUUUGAAGAAAAGAUUAGAAUUUCCAAACUCCCUUAUUCAGACACAGGCCGUUGCCCACUUAAUUGCUUCUGUGCUUAAAGAAAAUGCCGCCUCUGGGAUUAUCAAGCAAUCUUCAAAACAGACUCCGUCCCUGAAUGUCCUCUGGGAGAAGUGCUGCUGUGACAUCGUUGUUGUGAGGACAGCCUGUUGUGAUGCCCUGGUAACAUUAGUGGAACAGAAACAUGCUGAUUUCACCUAUGUCCUCAAUGGUGUUCUAAACCUUAUUCCUUCUGCCAGUAAUUUGGAGGGAUUGAUAAAGUGUGUUUGGCGGCUGCUUCAGAUUAAAACCCAGAAUGCAGAAAAAGAUAAAGAUCAGACUAACAAUACCACUUAUAAAAUUUGGAACCCUCCACAUCCAUUUAUCAGCAUGCUUGAAAACAGACCCAACUGUUGGCCUAUGCUUUUGCACCAGAUGUGUCCGCAGUCUCCAGACUGGGAUGAACUAUUUACUAUUAAAACAUUGACACCUUUUCUGCGAUACAUUUUUUGCGAACCUGCUCAACUACAAGAGUUUUGUGCCUUCCGAAUGGGCAUAAGGAAAGCUUUACUUCAAUCAGAUCCCAGCUCUAUUAAAGAUAAGAGACCAUCGGUUGCAGAAGAACAAGUUGUUUCCCUGCUAUUUGAUUUAGUAAGCUAUAUGCAACUGUCAGAUAGUGCGCAAGUGACAGAAGUGACCAUGUACAUGAAGGAUUUGUCUAUAAAGUUUUCUAAACAUCCUGACUUUUGGAGAAAUGAGCUUUGCCUUUUGUCACUACAGGCAUUAUGUGCAUGUGAAUACAGCUUAAAAAUCACUGGGGAAUGCACUACACUCUUAUACAUUCUGGAAGAUAAUGUAGCCCUGCUGAAAGAAAGUUUUCCUCAAGAGCAGAUCUUAAUCGGACUUAGCUUGCUUCUGCUUCAGUCUCCAUACAUCCAUCAUAAACAAAUUCUAAAUUUAGCUCUAAAGAUCUUGGUGUUACCAGAUGGAAGCAAAGUUCCAGCCAUUGCUCAAGUGUUGAUUAUGCCAUUAUUACAUGUGUUAUCCUCAGCAACCUUAGUAGACAGUUUCAGCGAGAAGGAUAGAGCAAUGUCAUUACAGCAGUUGGCACUGACCAUUUUGGAGAAAAUACAAGAUACAAGCAAGGGGACCGAGAAGCCCUGUGUGAUGCUGCAUCUUCCUCUGGCUACCUGGCAUUGCACAGUGACUACUACCCUGAACAUCCUAAACAUGCUUAAGGAUGAUAGCACAGCUUCCUUGAAUUGGCUGUCUUCUGUGUCUUCAGUACUUCCUUUCACCGACUAUGUUCCUACGCACAUAUCUUUGAUCCUGGGAUAUCUACUUCUCAGUGAGGAAGGCCAAAAUUUGAGAAAAGUUCUAAAAGUAACCAGUGAAAUUGCCAAAAGUGAUUCUUCCCAGGUGCCUUACUUGGUUUCAGUUCUGAUGUUCAGACUUGGCCGUACCAAGGAUCCUGAAUCGUCCUGUGAAAUUCUGUAUACACUACCUACGCUGGGUACACAUAAGGUUUGUGUGCCACAGAUCUUGCGGGCUUUGCAGAUGGUAGGUACGUCACAACUUCAACCUAUCACUCUGCGAUUGAUGACAUCCUUGUGGGAGAAACAGGAUCGAGUCUAUCCAGAACUCCAGAAGCUGAUUGCCAAGGCUGAUUCCCAAUGUCUGUCAACUGGGAAGGAGACCCAGUGGGAAAAAAUAGUUGCUAAAGCAGCAACUAUCAGAGAUAUCUGCAAGCAAAGGCCAUAUCAGCAUGGGGCAGACAUGCUGGCUGCUAUUACUCAAGUGUUGAGUGAGUAUACCAAACCUGAUCAGGCAACUCCUGCAGCCUUGGUAUUACAGGGUCUUCAUGCUCUAUGUCAAGCUGAGGUGGUGGACAUCCGGUCUACCUGGAAUGCCUUGUCUCCUAAACUAGGCUGUGACAAACGUCCCCUUGUGCUCAAAGCAUUACAUGAAUUCUUUGCAUUGGUUCCUUCAUUAGUUGUCAAAACAGAAGACUAUGAGAAAUUUAAAGCCGAAAUUCUUAGCAUCCUGUGGAGCCAUACACAGAUUAAAGGUCUUACAGUGUGUAUGUCUGCUUAUAAGUCACUCUGUGAGUUUGGCUCUGAUGAGCACACUAUACUUCAUCUUCCGGAGCAGGCCAGACCAGAGAUUCCGCCACCAGAUGAGUCUGAAGAGGCAGAAGAGGAGGCGAAUAAAGAGGUGGACCUCUCCGUACCAGGUUCUUCAUAUAUAAAACUCAUGGCUCUUACCCCUUCCUGUGUAUUGCCUGCAUUUGAAGAGUUCCUUUCCUCCCUGGUGAAGCAGGAAAUGAGCCACAUGCCACGUGGUAUAUAUCACAAUGCCCUAAGAGGUGGCAAUAUAAGAUCUGACCACAGAAAAACAGUAGCUGGAAUACCAAGUUUUAUGCUAAAGAUGUAUGAGAAAAACAGACAGCCCGGCCUAAAACCAGGACUUGCAGCCGGCAUGCUGCUGUGCUAUGACCUGCCUGUUCAGACAGACAGAGAUGGCAGACCCAUCAAUCGCUUUCUUGCCAGCAGGGGCCGCAGUUACCAGCAGAUGUUAACAGCCCUCAUACAUGAGGUUAAUAUCCAAUCCUCUGAAUGGCAUCGAUCCAUAUUACUGCCACAGUCCUGGCUUGGCUUCAUGACAAGGACUUACCAUGCUGUAUUGCAGGGCAGACAAGCUGAAUUGGAGAUGCAACUGAAGCAUGGAAAGGAUGACCCACAGGAACUUCAGUAUAAGACAUUUACAGCUUGGCUAUGGGUUAGAGAUGCUCUUACUGAAGUAAUUCGUUCUGCAGUCAAAGAUAGCCCUGUGGUAAAGGGGAAUGCUCUCUUAGCUCUCACCGGAUUAGCAGUUGCUGUAUCUAAAUAUGAAAGCAGUAUUCCUUCAGAAACCGAAGGUGCCCCAGAGAUUGGACCUGAAAUAUUGCCCACCAACGCGUGGCUUGGUAUGGUGCUUGAUACCCUGCUAAGUAUUAUCAACAGUCAUUACUAUCCCAAAGGGAGAAUCUUUCCUUGGUUCAAGCAUAAAUCCUACUCUGGUGAGAACACUGCCAGUGUCAUUGCCCGAUCUUGUGCUGCCACAGCCCUGUCUCUUUUGGUUCCUGUGCUUGUUGUAUCAUUUAAAGAAAAAGUGGAGGAAAUUCUCAACCUUCUGACGGCAAGAUUACCUGGGCGGCCAGAAGCAGAUGAUUCCCAAGCCCUUCAAGUUCAUAUGGGAUUGGCACUUGGGAUGUUUAUCUCCCGUCUGUGCGAGGAGAAAGUCAGCGAUACGUCUGGGAAACAAAUGAACUUACUAAUAAUGAAAUCAUUGGAUGCACUGGAAAGCUCCUGCUUUGAAUUCAGCCAGGAAUACAACAUUGGCUGCAUUCUAGGAGUGGGCCUGGUACUGUCCUUUAUGAGUCAGAACAGUCAGACUGACAGUAGAGUCCAUGUCUCUGCUACUCUUAGUAAGCUGUAUGAGUGUCUGGAUAACAGCUCUGACCAAAGCCGAAUAGUGCAAGAGGUCUUGUCAUAUGUUGUUGCUGGGGUUUCCGUGUCAGCUUUCAGUGCAGGCAUUUUAGGUGCUGAAGAAGCAGAACAACACAUGAAUAAACUGAGGGCUUUGACUGAGCAGAAUCAGCAGACAGCAGGGUUAGCAUUGGCUCUCGGAAGUAUUGCUCAUGGCUUGUCAGUUUGUGGCCAUGGGAAAGCUGAGGACUUAAGCAAUCGCUUGCUGCCUGCCUGGGUAAAAAUCCUUCUUGCAGAGGGUUGUCCUACAAUGCAACGCUUAGCUGCUCUCAAUGGACUUGUGGCAUUAGUUGGAUCAGAAUCAGCGGUUAUACAACUAAAAUCUGAAGCUAUUCAGUCAUCCAUCUACCAAAGUAAACUUAAUGAAGUCAUAAAAACAAUCACUCAGAUUAUUAACUUUUCUGGAGUAAUUGGCCUACAGACUAAUGCAGCUUGGAUACUUGGACAUCUUCAUUUAUCUAGUCUAUCUUCAUCUCAGAGCAGAACUUCUGUUCCUGCAGAUUUCAGCUAUCUUCCUGAAAGAAGUUUAAUACGUGCUCUUGUGGAUUUCCUCAUUUCGGCUGGAAAAAAAGGCCCUGAAGCCAUCCCUCCAGCCUUGACCAAGGUGUGUGUGUCGUCCAUUUCUGCAGCGGCGGACAAUUAUCAGUACCCACCUGUUAACUGGGCAUCCAUACUUGCUCCGUUAAUGCGACUCAACUUUGGUGAGGAAAUCCAAAAGUUCUGUGUCCAGAUAGCAGUGACCCAGGCUCCGACCUCUCCGAAUGCAGCUGUGCUGCUUGGAAUGUGGAUGGCACCACCCUUAGUUUACAGCCUUAAUGUCACAACCCGCUCAUACAUGGUUACCUCUCUGUCGCUCUGGAUGAAACAUGUCUCUGAGGAUAAGCUACAGACCUUUGCUGAUGUGUUCAUGAUUUCACAGUUUGAGCCCCGAAAUAAGACAUUGGAUGUGGAGAUGGCAAAUAAGAUAUUGCUGGGUCUGACUGAGGCUAUGAAGCUUCCCAACCCUCCACAACAUUGCUGGAGUUUCCUGAGUAAAACUAUAGAAAGACUGUACCAGCUAUUACCAGACGAGAUUCAGAGGGCAAACAUGGGGAUGUACGUUGAAGUCGCAAAAUGCAUAUUGGAAAUGGCAGACAGUGAAGUUGAAAGAAUUUGCUGUAUUUCCAAGGACAACAUUGUAAAGCCUACUUUUGUUCGAGUGUAUCUCAUCUCUCAAGGACGUCUGCCACUGUCAUACUUAAGGGAAGUGAUCGAAGUAGCUGUGCAGUGCAAAGAUAAGCAGACCAUUCUCUGGAUGUUAUUACAGACUUUCUAUCAAGCAAGAGUUUUAAGCCACCCGAAUACAGGCAUUUUGAAGAGAUUGGACUGGCUACUGGAUUUGAUCAGUUUAAUAAGAAACAUAGCUUAUAAGUCCACACCUUUGCAAAAUGUUCUUCUAAGUGAGGGAUUAGAUUUUCUGCUACGUGUUUUUGCAGCAUCCGUAGUGGCCUGGGGUGAUCAUGCUACUCCUUUACUCCUUGGGAUCCAUGGUAGCUGGUUGGCAUGCAGUCAUGAAUUACAAUUUAGCAUUGGUUCUUUGGGCAAGCAUUCUGUAGACAUGUUGGCUGUAAAUGAAUGUUUUACCACAUUACCAGCAAGCUUACAGUCACUUUUAGCAAAAGAACCUUGGAAGGAACAUGCUCAGAAGUUUAUUGAUUGGAUGAUGAAUCUCCUUGAAAGUCCAGAAGGAGCCUUAUCAGAGACAUCAAAGAUGGUUUUAAAAGCUUCUCUUUUUAACUUGAGAGGUCUUCAAGAGUUUAAGAGGAAAGCAGUGUGGACUAGAGCUUAUGGCUGGUAAUUUUCUUCUGUUUCAUAUAUCAGCAUAUGGCUCAAGAAUCGUUCAUUUUCAAGUCUGGUUAUUGAAUGAAGCCAUGUUGAUGGGUAACAUUUUCUGAAAAUGUAAAAUGGCAAACUGUUUUUGAAAAAAAAAAAAAAAGUGUCCUUUCAAUUUAAAGUCAGCUGUAUUUAAUAAUCAUCAAAAUAAUGUAUUUAUUUUUACAGCACUUGUACCUUAGUCAAAAUAAAGAUAUUCAAUUCAAGUCUGUUAUUGUA